ACAUCCUAUUUGAAAGCGAUUGAUAUUUGGAAUUUGUUGAUACUAACGUUUGCGUUCAUCGCGAUACUUCACUCGGCCAUCGUCACCAGUUCGGCUUUGAAGGAGCACGACGUGGUGAGGAGUCGAACAUACUACAAUGAUGAAAUGGAUGAGAAAACACGCUGGUUAAGUGAGACCCCGUAUUAUGCCCAACUGCCCGAAGAACAACCGAAAACAAUCGCGAAAAUUUGUGAUUACGUCUUUCGGAUAUUGUUUCCGGUGGCCUUUCUGGCCGCAUCGACCGUUUAUUUCUUACAGUUUCUUAAGCCGUAUUUGAAAUGA